GAGAGGAAGGCGAACUCGAGGAGAGCGAUCCGGAGCAGCAUGGAGUCCUCUGCAGACCGACUAGCCAGGGCAGCGGCCCAGGGCCGUGAGCACGAGGUGCGGGCACUGCUGGAAGCGGGGGCUUCACCAAACGCCCCGAACACUUUCGGUCGUACCCCGAUACAGGUGAUGAUGAUGGGCAACGUCAAAGUGGCAGCUCUCCUGCUCUCCUAUGGUGCAGAUUCGAACUGCGAGGACCCCACCACCCUCUCCCGACCGGUGCACGACGCAGCGCGGGAGGGCUUCCUAGACACUCUGGCAGUGCUGCACGAGGCAGGGGCGCGGCUGGAUGUGCGCGAUGCCUGGGGUCGCCUGCCGCUCGACCUGGCCCUAGAGCGGGGACAUCACGACGUCGUGCGGUAUUUGCGGUAUCUACUCUCCUCCGCUGGGAACGUUUCCCGGGUCACCGACAGGCAUAACUUCUGCUCAAGCACGCCCAGGUGCCUAGGACUUCGAGGCCAACCCCGAGAGCAGCUCUAGGUUAGGCCUCAGCCCUCCUUUUUCUCCUUGGCUUCACUUCUGGCAACGCGAAACUAGCAUAUGGCUUUAAAAAAAAUACAUAAUGCUUUUUGCAAUCACGCGGGGGGGAGGUUAGCAGAGGGAGGGAGGGAUAGAGUGGACUGUUAAAAAAAAAGAUUAAAUACUUUUUAAAAA